GCGGAGGCGUCACAGGCUCCGGGACCUGCGGCUUUAGAACGGCCCUGGGAGGAGGCGUGGCGUCGGGCUGGGGCGCCCCGGAGGAGACGCUCCGGCGCCCGGCGGGCCUCCUGGUUCCCCGUGGCUGUGCGUGCCCUUCCACCCACCGACCCGGCGGCCGGGAAGGAUGCAGGCGUUGGAGCGGGAGGGCAGUGCGCCCGAGGUGGGCCCCAGCGUGGUGCCUGAAGCUUCGCAGGAGUCCCCGCCUGCCCCUACCAAGUCGUCGGCGUUCGAUCUUUUCAACUUGGUCCUUUCCUACAAGCGGCUGGAGGUCUACCUGGAGCCCCUGAAGGAUGCGGGGGACGGCGUCCGAUACUUGCUCAGGUGGCAGAUGCCUGUGUGCUCCUUGCUCACCUGCCUGGGCCUCAACGUGCUGUUCCUCACCUUGAACGAGGGUGCGUGGUACUCCAUGGGUGCCCUCGUGAUCUCAGUGCCUGCCCUGCUGGGCUACCUCCAGGAAGUAUGCCGAGCCCGGCUACCCGAGUCUGAGCUGAUGCGGAGGAAGUAUUACAGCGUGAGGCAGGAGGACCUGCAGAGGGUGCGCCUGUCACGCCCCGAGGCCGUGGCCGAGGUGAAGAGCUUCUUGAUCCAGCUGGAGGCCCUCCUGAACCGCCUGUGCUGCGCCUGCGAAGCUGCCUACCGUGUGCUUCACUGGGAGAACCCCCUGGUGUCCUCACAGUUCUAUGGGGCUCUUCUGGGAACAGUUUGCAUGCUGUAUCUGCUGCCACUCUGCUGGGUCUUUGCCCUUUUAAACAGCACACUCUUCCUGGGGAAUGGGGAGUUCUUCCGGGUGGUGUCAGAGUACAGGACGGCUGUGCAGCGACGGCUGAGCCCCAGGCAGGAAGAGCCUGCUUGCCAGAGUCUCCCACCACCAGAUGCUGUGGCAAAGUCUGCUCUGCUGGACAGCACGCCUGACCCCACGCCCACGGAGGACCUCACGCCGGGCAGUGUGGAGGAGGCUGAAGAGGCGGAGCCAGAUGAGGAGUUUAAGGAUGCCAUUGAGGAUGACGACGAGGGUGCCCCUUGCCUGGUGGAGGAUGACCUGGUGCUGCAGGACAACGGCUUCCUGAGCAAGAAUGAGGUGCUGCGCAGCAGGGUGUCGCGGAUUACAGAGCGCCUCCGCAAGCGCUGCCCAGCCAACACCUUCGGGACCUGCACGGGCUGCUCUGCCACCUUCUCAAUGCUCAAGAAGAGGCGGAACUGCAGUAACUGUGGAAACAGCUUUUGCUCUCGGUGCUGCUCCUUCAAGGUGCCCAAGUCUUCCAUGGGGGCCACAGCGCCCGAAGCCCAGAGAGAGACUGUGUUUGUGUGUGCCUCGUGUAACCAGACCUUGAGCAAGUGAGAAGGGAGGCCAGGUGCCAGCUGCCCCAGUCUCUAAGGCCAGCAGUAGGUUUCCCCUCUCUUCCAGCUGCUAUGGGGUGGUCAGGCAGGGUGGCCUGGAUGGUUAGAAGGCUUCCUCCUGCGUCCCUUCUGAGCUCAAACUGAGGGGAGAGAAGCCCCUGCGGGGCUUGUGGUCCUUCUCUGCCUAGCCUGAAUGUCCUCAGGGCUGAGCCAGGAGUGUCCACUAGAGGGCAGCAAGAAGCCAGCCCGCUCUCCAUCUGGCUCUGAGCAGGGCUGACCCUGCUGCGUCUGGGAAUUCUAGACCUGAGGCUGAGGAGAGUUUCUUCCCUUUAGGGUGUUGGAGCAGUCCCUCGGCCUGGGAGAACGCACACAGGGCUUGGGAGUGCUGCAAUUCUGUGAUGCCAGGAUCUGACCAUUUUCUCUUCAGAAGAUGUGACCAGAGCUAGCUGGACUAGCAGUGCUUCUAGAAACAGGGUUGCGGUUCCUAAGCUUCCCAGAGAGGAAAGUGUUUGGCAGGCCUGGCUGAGUCACUCAGUGUUACCUGGAGGAUAGGGAGACCUCAGCCCUGCCUUGCAGUCUUAGCCCCCGCAGUGCUGUGCUCUUUCCAUGUGCUGCUUGCUUGGUCACUCCAUUCCCCGUCCAUAACUCCCACCCCUUGGAGUCCAUGGCAGCCUUCCUCAACCGGCCCACCCUCUUUGGACAUGUGAGGCCAGAUGACUGGAGCAGAGAUCCUGAAGCCCUUGACCUUCAGGGGCCUGGGAAAUGUAGGAACACGCUGGGUGAGUCCUGCAUUCCAUGGCAGUUCCCAAGAGAGGAGCCUCAGUUGUGGGAUAGGGUGAGAGGGGUCCCCCAAUUCUUCUCAACAAUUUUAUAUUGACUCAGAGAUGCUGAGGGACCUAGGUCUCCCCAAGCCAUGAGCUGGCUCAGGCACUCCUCCCUCCCUCCCUAGAGCUGCCCUGCCUUUUUGAAGUAUUUAUUUAUUUAUUUCCUGGUUCCUGGGAACAUGCAGCUUAAGGAGAGGAAUGAACGAGACGAGGGGCCUGUCCUACCUGAGAUGCCCCCGUGGUUAGGGGCUGCUUGGCAUCCAGGAGCCACAGGUGGCUUCAUGGUGGGCGUUUCUGGUCUUUAAGUGGGAGCAGGCAGGAAGGCUGCGGAGACAAGGCCAGCUUUGUCACCAGGCCCAGCACUGUAGGGCUCAGUAGCUCAGGUGCCGGUCCUGGAGAACCAGGCAGCCUUGGUGUAUCUGCUGUGACCUGCUUUGAGAAGGAAGUGCCCUGUGCUUCAUUACACUGGAGAUGAACCAAGAUGACCUCUGCGUACGGAGAGUCUCCAAUAAAAAGGCCUCAUACUC